CUAUUUGCUGCAGGCCAUUGCUGUAAGUUGUUGUAUCCGUGAAUCAUGGCCUGUUCUUAUUAUUACUCCAUCUUCCUUGCGUUUGCAUUGGGCUUCUAUGAUUCAACAGUGGCUUGAUAUUUCACCUUCUGAUAUACUUGUGGUUUUAUCCCAAUCAAGUGGUUCAAAUAGGGCAGGAUUCAAAGUGGUGCCAUCUAAUGCAAAGAGAUCUAUCCAACUUGAUGGUGGUUUUAUCCCAAUCAAGUGGUUCAAAUAGGGCAGGAUUCAAAGUGGUGCCAUCUAAUGCAAAGAGAUCUAUCCAACUUGAUGGUCUCUUUAAUAUAAUUUCCUAUGAUAUUGUUCCUAAGCUAAAGGAUACCUUAAUGGCAUCAGAAUUCAAGGUAGUUAUUGCUGAUGAAUCACACUUUUUGAAGAAUGCCCAGGCUAAACGAACCAAUGCAUCACUUCCUAUAAUGCAGAAAGCCAAAUAUUUGAUACUGCUUAGUGGAACUCCUGCUUUGUCAAGACCAAUUGAGCUUUUUAAACAGCUGGAGGCCCUGUUUCCUGAUGUUUACAAAAAUGUUCACGAGUACGGUAACCGUUAUUGCAAGGGUGGCUUUUUUGGAGUUUAUCAAGGCGCCAGUAAUCACGACGAGCUGCACAACUUGAUGAAAGCAACUGUAAUGAUUCGCAGGUUAAAAAAGGAUGUCCUCCCACAGCUUCCUGUUAAGCGCAGACAACAGGUUUUCUUAAACUUGGAAGAAAAGGAGAUGAAGUCUAUCAACGCUUUAUUCCGUGAGUUGGAGCUUGUCAAAGGAAAAAUUAAAUCAAGCCAAUCCAAGGAUGAUUAUGAAUCACUAAAGUUAACCGAGAAGAAUCUUAUAAAUAAGAUAUAUAUUGCUUCUGCGGAGGGCAAGAUUCCAUCGGUUUUGGAUUACUUAGGAACGGUUAUUGAGGCAGACUGCAAGUUCCUUAUAUUUGCUCAUCACCUACAAAUGAUUGAUUCGAUACACCAGUAUUUGCUUAAAAAGAAAGUUGGCUGCAUUCGCAUUGAUGGCAGUACUCCGGCAGCAUCACGUCAAGCUUUGGUUACAGAUUUCCAGGAGAAAGAAUCAAUAAAGGCUGCAGUGCUAUCUAUCAAAGCCGGAGGUGUUGGAUUGAAUUUGACAGCAGCAAGCACAGUCAUAUUUGCAGAGCUAUCUUGGACUCCGGGUGACCUUAUUCAAGCAGAAGAUCGUACUCAUAGAAUUGGCCAGGCAGCAUCGGUCAAUAUAUACUAUCUUCUGGCAAAUGACACCGUUGAUGACAUAAUUUGGGAUGUUGUUCAAAGUAAACUGGAAAAUUUGGGACAGAUGCUUGAUGGAGAAGAGAAGUCUCUAGAAGUAUCAGCAGGUCACUCAAAUAAAAGUCCUAGGAAACAGAAGACACUUGAUUCCUUCAUGAAGCGUUGCAGCACCCCAUCAUUGGACAAUGAGCCGAUGCCAAAAUGCCCGCGGCGUUAAUCAUUAACGAAAACUAUUAGUGUUGGAACAUUUGUUUUGGAAAGUACUGUUUCAAAUCAACCCUUCACUAUACUGUAUCUUCUAUGGUCAGUUUGUGCAUUAUUUUUGGUAUUAUGCAUGGUGCUCCUAUUAGUUGAGCCUGCAUGUUUUCUCAUUUCUUAAAAAAAUGGGCAUUUUUUUGGGAAAUUCCUUGUUGAGAAAUAUGGCAAGACAUGAGAAAACACUUCUUUUGUCUAUCUUGACUAAAGAUACACAAGAUAG